CUAUACCGCAGAUAUAUAGGGCUGUAGCAUUAUUGAUCGAUUAUGUUAUGUUCGAUUAGAGAAUUUUCCAAGUAGUUUGGCCGAAACAAAGUUUUCAUUUUCGAAUAUUCCAGAUAAGAUAUUAAGUAUUUUCCACGAUGAGCGAGUGAGAUGAAAGAAAAAUCAACAUUUGAAAAGGAUUACUAAUUGCCAAGCAGGUGUCUCUUUUUGCUCGACGUAGCCAUCAUUUGUACUUGUUUUGAUUUGCUCGCAAUGGACGCGCAGGAUUUCUGUCGCGGAUUACCCAAAGUGGAACUCCAUGCACACUUGAACGGUUCAUUAAGUAUGAAUACUCUGCAGACGUUAUAUGGGAUGCAACAGCGUUCCGACAUUGCCACACGCAAGCAAGUUUUCAUGGACAAUACCGACUUUUCAUCCUUAAGCGAAUGCUUCAAGGUAUUUGACAUAGCACACGCGUUAACGGUUACGCCACAAGCUGUGUUUGUUGCUACCUGCGACGUGAUAAAGGAAUUUCACGAGGACAACGUGAUUUAUUUAGAACUGAGGAGCACACCUCGCGCUGUAAAGGAGUCAAUGACAAAAACGGAGUAUCUUGAAGCAAUAAUGAAAGCCUUCGAGACAUCCAAAUCACGGUAUCCGCACAUAACUGUAAAACUGUUGGUAUCAAUUAACCGGAAACAAGGCUACGAGUCUGCAAAGGAAAAUAUAAACCUUGCGAUACAAUUUACGAAGCGGUACCCGGAAUACGUAGUCGGCAUCGAUCUGAGUGGCGAUCCAAUGGCGGGAGAUUCAUUUUUGGAGCUGUUGGAGACGUCUAGGAAAGCGGGCCUCAAAAUUGCGGCGCACUGCGCGGAGGUACCAAAUGAAAUGGAGACGAUCGAUAUAUUAAAAUUUAAACCCGACCGAUUGGGACACUGUACUUGCAUUCACCCCAGCUUGCAAGGUUCCAAGCAGCUGUUCGACAUGCUACUAAAGUCGAGAAUUCCAGUCGAGUUGUGUUUGACGUCAAACGUCAAGUGUAAGACGAUAUCGUCUUACGCGUCACAUCACUUUAAGUACUUGCAUCAAGCUGGGCAUCCCAUAACCAUCGGAACUGACGAUAAAGGCGUUUUUAACACGUGCUUGUCAAAAGAAUACGAGUUGUUGAGUUCAGUGUUCAAUGUCGCGAGAAAACAGCUCAAGGAAUUGUCCCUAUUAUCGGUACAAUACAGUUUCGCGAGUGCAGAAGAGAAGAAAAGUUUGUCAUCGGUUAUCGAGACUUUUGAGACUGAUGUCUAAUAUAUUUCAUAAUAAUAUUUAUAAAAUGACGAGACGAGGUAAUAUUGAAACAAAGAGGUUCUUGUAAUAAAGUGUAAGAAAGAACAAAAA